AUGGUUGCUAGCUGCAAAGAUCAAAAGAAGGCCGUGGCAAUUUGCUUGCAACGGUCGCCUUGUGUGAUGAUACAGAGGCACAAGCCACAGGAAUGCAUUGAUAACCCUGAACUUAAUAAAGACCUACCCGAGCUAUGCCUGGCACAAAUGAAGGCCUUUUUGGAUUGCAAGAGUGGCAUAUUUGACAUGUCCAAACGAAUGAGAGGAAAUGCUCCACUGUCCACUGGGAAAUAUGACCAACAAUACGACAAUCUGUGCAGUGGGAAGUUUGAUGCAAGAGAGGAGAUGAGGAAACUACAAGUGCUCGAUAGUGAGAAGAAGGAGUGA